AAUUUCCAUACACCAGGCUAUAUAUCCAGUGGAUAUACGACAGAAAUAUUAUAGUUUGCAUUCAACUACUUCUUGAAAAUAACUCAAGAGUAUCGGUUUAGUGAGAUACACGUGCGUUUUAAUAGCUAUUUUAGUGAGGACCAUGGUAGAAACUAGUUUAAAAUCGAGUGGUGUUAGCGACUCUGAAAUUGGGAACUAUACCAGUAGUUUAGAUGUCCUACCAUUACUAAAUGUCGGACAAUACGAUGAUUUAGAAGAAGAUUCGCCACCAAUAUUGACACUUAGUACUCGCCACCAAGAUCGAAUGGUGGACGACGAAAGCACCGACGAAGAGCCAGAACAAUAUUCCCCCGAUCCACGAGAAUAUUAUUCUCACCUCUAUCGUGAGAACGAGAGGCUCACAACGUUUCAUGACUGGCCACAAUGGGCAAAUGUAACUAAGGAAGAAUUGGCCAAAAGUGGGUUUUUGUACCUACAUAUCUCUGAUCGCGUGCAAUGUGUGUUUUGCAGAGCGAGUUUAGCUAGCUUUAAACCAGGUGUUGUUGUGGCAAAUGAACACAGGAAAUAUUGCCCAGAAUGUCCUUUUGCGCUUGGAUAUGAAUGUGGAAAUAUACCCAUUUCGUCGGGCACGAGAGUUUCACAGACGACAUCCGUAAAUGCAUUGAAUAGAACAAAUCGGGUCAGAACGAUUGCAGCUGGAAACUUUGCUUAUUCUUCGCUUAGUUCAGACCGGAUUCAAACAGCUUCAACUCUAAACAGAGCCGACACUGCCGUGGUCGUCCCAGAAUUACAAAGUGUAGCAAUCCUGUCAUCAAUUGAUUCAAACCAAGGAGCAGCAUCCUCUAUAACCGAGCCCAAGUACCGUGACUGGGCUGACGAACACACAAGGUUAUUGUCAUACAGGGGAUGGCCCGCACACGUGAGACAAACUCCGAAAGACUUGGCAGCUGCUGGCUUGAUGUAUAUGGGUCAGGCUGAUCGCUGUAAAUGCUACUGGUGCGGAGGUGAACUACAUGGCUGGGAACCAAACGACAUACCCUUGGUAGAGCAUGCAAAAUGGUUUCCACAGUGCGGCUUUGUAAGACAACAGAAGGGCGUUGAAUAUGUUAUGAACAUCAACCAUGGAGAGGGGUUUACAAAUAACAAGCAGACAGCUCAAGAGCAAACAAGACCGGCAUCUGUUCCAACCAGCCAACCUGGUCUUCUGGUCAACCGGUCAGACGGUUCAGUUGUCGUGACUGCACACGGUCAACUAGUCGCCCAGCCCAGUGAUGCGACGGAUGAUGCCACAAGUCUGCCAAGUGCGGGCGAUCAAGGGCUGGACCAUGAACCACAUUCUGACCAUCUUUUUAACCAAAAUUUGCAAGAUCAGAGAUUUAUGAGAAACUAUAGUUCAUUACCCUCAACUAGAAUUCUGUAAGAGCCCACUAAAGUCUUGAAAGAAAAUGAGAGCUGAAAGAUCAGCGUGUGUGCAAGAUCUGCAUGGACAAAGGAAUGUUAACCAUGAUCAUGCCGUGUGGUAACCUGGCAACCUGUGAAGAUUGUGGUGCUGUUCUAGAUACAUAUCCGAUAUUGAGAAAUUGGAUUAAUGAAAAAGUGAGUGUCUACUCUACUGCAUCGCAUUUAUCAUAAUAUUUCCUAUUCUAUCUGGGUAGGCUUGAAAGCAAAAACUACUACCCUCAAUCAUCGGGCUACAGGCAAUACAAAAAAAAAUGAGGAGAAGAGGCAUAUAAAAAGUAACCAGUGCAAUAAUCGCUACUAGAAUAUGUUAAUUUGUGGUCCGAAUUUUUUAGUCUGCAUUAAUGGUUUUGUGAAUGCUAAGGUUGUGUAUUUAUUGUAAUCACAGACUUUGGAUCAUACUUAGGAAUAUUUUUAUAGUACUAAGAACUUGAUUGUAGCUUGAUUUAACGUGUUUUGAUUUUACUUUGGAGCUGGCAAUGAUGUUAAAGACAUGAGAUUAUGAGCAAGCAUUUAUGACGAAAGAAACAUUGACUUCAACUGCGAAAGUUGUGUUUUUUGUCUAGUAGGUGUUUUUCUUAUAUUUUUAAAGUCUUAUUUAUUUUUAAAGUCUUAUCAUUGAUGUUGUGAUUAAAUUUAUAGUUUUAUUCAGUUUAUACAAAAAAAUGAGAUUUCCACACAUUUUACUCGUGGUAUUCGUAAAUUUAGUUUUACCAGUUUCUCUAGCUAUUAUUGUGUGCUAUUUUAUAUUUACAACAAAUGUGUACUUUUAUUUAUUUGCUAACAUUUUUUAUUUCUUUUUUAAACAUUGUCUUGUUGUUUAUGUGUUUACUUAUACAGGUAUUCUUUUUGAUAUUUUACUGAAAUACUGAGAUCUCAACAUUAAGUAAUACAUAAAGUGAUAUUUUUAUAUUUAUAUUUAUUUAUUCCAUUAUAAAAUUACAUGUACAAUCAUAAAACAAAAUGAUAUUUUUUAAAUGUAUGUUCAUUUAUAUUAAUACUUAAUGUUUACAUAAUUUUGAGGUAUAGUCAUGUUGAAAAGUACAGUUAAGAAGAUAUAUGAAUACAUGAUCAAUACAAUUUCUCUAAAUCAUCUAAAUAACUAUGUUUAAAAAAUGGAGUUAAUACUCUUACCUUUUUGACAUCAAUUUUUCUAUAAUAUGAACAGUCAAUGAAUUGUAAUUUACUCUAUCAUAUUCAACCAAAUGGCUUGCUAUUUGGUUACAUAUUUAGUUUGAGAUUUGAAUAUAUUUUAUAUAAACAAAUGUUGCCGCUUAUAUGGAUUUUUAUACGAAAACAAAUAUAUUUCCUGUUAUUGAGGUAAAUAUACAAGUAAUAAUUGUUCGUUACAAACGAAGACUUUCCCCAUGACUGAACAUUUUCACGAAACGGCACAGGAAUGUUCUUUUGAUUAAAUAUAGAUUAACAAGAGAGCCAAGACUGCCCAUUAUCGAUCACCUGAGCUAACUGGUACACCAAUUGUUCACAAAUAAACCUAGUUGUGCACUGAUUUUGAGCGAGACUCAAACAUGGUCUUGAUGUCAUAAAUAUGUAUUCAAACAAUCUUUUAUCAUGAUUUACUUAUGCAUAUGGUCGAUAGAGCGGUAUUUCUAAGAUUUGGCACAAAAAUUAAUGUUCAACGCACUUUAUCCAUGUUCAACAUCGCUUAAAUGAUUUCAAGAUUAUCAAUUCGACUAUUUUAAUCAAGAUUGAACCUAAACUGUGAUCUGUAAAGUGGCAACGAGGUUUAAAAAGGUUGACGCAUUUUCGCACGGUCACAGACGUUAAACACAGAUUGAUCACAAAAGGUCUAAACUUUUUUAAGCAAAACAGCUGAUGGCAGCCAUACCAAUUAAUGGACCGUUUUCG